ACGCCAGUUAGGCAGGAACAACAAUAACAUGGCAAGCCAGGGGCUCACCUAUGAUGGCUGUAAUUUCUUCCGACAGCGUCUGGUUUUGUCCACACUCAGUGGGAAGCGGGUGAAAAUCUCAAACAUCAGGUCCAAAGACGAUAACCCGGGGCUCCGCGAUUUUGAGGCCAGCUUCAUCAGGCUGCUCGACAAAAUCACAAAUGGCUCCAGGAUAGAGAUAAACCAAACCGGCACAUCGUUAUUUUACCAGCCGGGCUUGUUGUACGGGGGUUCUGUAGAACAUGACUGCAACACGCAGCGUUCAAUUGGCUACUAUCUGGAGGCCCUGCUCAUGCUGGCUCCGUUCAUGAAGACCACCCUUAAGGCCACUCUGAGGGGAGUCACCAAUGACCCCAUUGAUCCGACGGUCGACUUGUUGAAGUCCACAGCCGUCCCCUUGAUGAAGAAGUUUGGCAUCGACGGAGCGAGCUUUGAACUGAAGGUGGUGAAGAGAGGAAUGGCACCUGGUGGGGGAGGGGAGGUAGUUUUCACAUGUCCUGUCUGCAGGACCAUCAGGCCAGUGCAGCUGACUGACCCAGGAAAGAUCAAGAGGAUCAGAGGAAUGGCAUAUUCAGUGCGAGUAUCGCCGCAGAUAGCAAACAGGAUUGUGGAGUCAACCAGGAGCGUCCUCAACCAGUUCAUUCCAGACAUCUACAUCUACACGGACCACAUGAAAGGAGCCAACUCUGGCAAGUCUCCAGGCUUUGGUCUGACGCUGGUGGCAGAGACGCUGAAUGGCAGCUUCCUCAGUGCGGAGAUGUCAUCCACGCCGCAGGGACAGGGAGACCCUAUAUUGCCAGAAGACCUUGGCAAGAACUGUGCCAAGCUGCUUUUGGAGGAGGUACAUCGGGGUGGCUUCGUGGAUUCAACCAAUCAGAGCCUGGCGCUGCUCUUGAUGACCCUUGGCCAACAGGACGUGUCAAAGGUUUUGCUUGGACCCCUCUCCCCAUACACGAUCGAGUUCCUCAGACACAUUAGAGAUUUCUUCCAGAUCAUGUUCAAGAUUGAAGUUCAGAAGCCUUUAGAAGACGAAAGGAAAGGUGGUGACAAAGUCUUGAUGACCUGUGUAGGAGUUGGUUACAGCAACAUCAACAAAACCCUUAAAUAGAAUAAAAGUAUUUUUAUAUAAAUGG